AUGACAGAUCUCCGCACGAUGGCGCAGCCGCUUGUGAAGAAAGACGAUGAUCGCGAUGAGGAAGCUGAGUUCUCCCCAUUUUUGGGGAUUGAGAAGGGUGCUGUGUUACAGGAAGCGAGGGUUUUCAAUGACCCUCAGUUGGAUGCAAGAAGAUGUUCACAGGUCAUCACGAAGCUUCUGUAUCUUCUGAAUCAGGGUGAAACUUUCACAAAGGUCGAAGCUACAGAAGUAUUUUUUGCUGUUACCAAGCUCUUUCAGUCCAAAGACACUGGUCUGAGAAGGAUGGUGUAUCUAAUGAUUAAAGAACUUUCGCCCUCUGCAGAUGAGGUUAUUAUUGUCACUAGCUCCCUGAUGAAGGACAUGAAUAGCCGUACUGAUAUGUAUCGAGCAAAUGCUAUACGUGUCCUUUGUCGGAUUACUGACGGGACACUUUUGACACAAAUUGAGAGAUACCUAAAGCAGGCUAUAGUGGACAAAAACCCAGUAGUUGCAAGUGCUGCCCUUGUGAGUGGUUUUCAUCUACUGCAGACCAAUCCGGAGAUAGUCAAGAGAUGGAGUAAUGAAGUGCAAGAAGCAGUGCAAUCACGGGCUGCACUUGUACAAUUCCAUGCGCUUGCUCUGCUCCACCAGAUAAGACAAAAUGAUCGGUUGGCUGUGAGCAAGUUAGUUACCAGCUUGACGAAGGGGACUGUUCGUUCUCCUUUAGCUCAAUGCCUUUUGAUCCGCUACACAAGCCAGGUUAUCAGAGAGUCAAGUGUUAAUUCACAAACAGGAGACCGGCCAUUCUAUGACUAUCUUGAGAGUUGUCUCCGCCACAAAGCUGAAAUGGUUAUUUUCGAAGCAGCUAAGGCAAUCACAGAAUUAAGCAAUGUCUCUACCCGGGAGUUGACUCCUGCCAUAACUGUUCUACAACUUUUCUUAAGUUCUUCUAAGCCAGUGCUAAGGUUUGCUGCUGUCCGGACUUUGAACAAGGUAGCUAUGACACAUCCCAUGGUUGUUACAAAUUGUAAUAUAGACAUGGAAAGCUUGAUUUCGGACCAGAAUAGAAGCAUAGCAACUCUUGCCAUUACCACUCUGCUGAAAACAGGCAACGAAUCUAGUGUUGAUCGGUUGAUGAAGCAGAUCACAAAUUUCAUGUCUGAUAUUGCUGAUGAAUUCAAGAUAGUUGUUGUAGAAGCUAUAAGAUCACUAUGUCUGAAGUUCCCCCUCAAGUACAGAUCUCUGAUGAAUUUUUUAAGCAGUAUUUUGAGGGAAGAGGGUGGUUUUGAAUACAAAAAGGCAAUUGUUGAUUCAAUUGUGAUCUUAAUUAGAGAUAUACCAGAUGCCAAAGAAAGUGGACUGCUGCACUUGUGUGAAUUUAUUGAAGAUUGUGAAUUCACAUAUCUUUCUACGCAGAUACUUCACUUUCUUGGAAAUGAGGGACCCAAGACAUCAGAUCCCAGUAAAUAUAUCCGUUAUAUUUACAACCGGGUGAUACUUGAAAAUGCUACCGUCCGAGCGAGUGCUGUAAGCACACUGGCGAAAUUUGGUGCUGUGGUUGAUUCACUGAAACCUCGUGUAUUCAUUUUGUUGAGGCGUUGCCUUUACGACAACGAUGAUGAGGUUCGAGACAGAGCUACACUGUAUUUGAAAACUCUUGGAGAUGGUUCAGUUACUGAAACUGACAAAGAUGUCAAGGACUUUUUGUUUGGUCCGCUUGAUAUACCACUGGCAAAUAUGGAGACUAGUUUGAAAAAUUAUGUGCAGAACCCCAUGGAAGAGCCUUUUGAUAUUAAUUCUGUCCCUAAAGAUGUUAGGUCCCAGCCUCUUGCUGAGAAGAAGGCCAUAGGCAAAAAGCAGACUGGUUUGGGUGCUCCACCCCCUGCCCCCACCUCUGCAGCUGAUGCUUAUGAAAGGCUUCUCUCUGCUAUUCCUGAAUUUGGAAGUUUCGGAAAGCUUUUCAAGUCAUCACCGCCUGUGGAGCUUACAGAAGAAGAAACCGAGUAUGCAGUUAAUGUUGUCAAGCACAUAUUUGACAGCCAUGUGGUGUUUCAAUACAACUGCACAAAUACUAUACCAGAGCAGCUGCUUGAAAAUGUGACCGUUAUUGUGGAUGCUUCUGAAGCUGAGGAAUUCUCUGAAGUAGGUGCAAAACCGUUAAAGUCGCUUCCAUAUGAUACACCAGCGCAAACUUUCGUGGCUUUUGAGAAACCUGAAGGAAUCCCUGCAGUCGGAAAACUCUCAAACGUGUUGAGAUUUACUGUUAAAGAGGUCGAUCCAUCUACUGGUGAGGCCGAAGACGAUGGUGUGGAGGACGAAUACCAGCUAGAGGAUUUCGAAGUUGUGGCUGCUGAUUAUAUUCUGAAAGUUGGAGUCUCCAACUUUAAGAAUGCCUGGGAAAGCAUGGAUCCCGAUUCUGAGCGUGUAGAUGAAUAUGGACUUGGGCCUAGAGAAAGCCUUUCUGAAGCUGUAAAUGCAGUCAUCAAUCUCCUUGGCAUGCAACCCUGUGAGGGUACGGAAGUGGUCCCCAGCAACUCAAGAUCACACACAUGUUUGCUAUCGGGUGUUUACAUUGGGAAUGUGAAGGUGCUCGUGCGGUUAUCAUUUGGUAUUGAUGGGUCAAAAGAGGUGGCUAUGAAGUUAGCUGUAAGAUCCGAUGAUGUGAAUGUUAGUGAUGCCAUCCACGAAAUUGUUGCUAGUGGGUAA